AUGGGGUUGUUUGGGGUGCCCCGCCCUUCUCGUCAAAACAAAUAAUUUCCGAUGAAUAAACAUCAUAAUGGGUGACGUUUCCGGUUUUUGUGAUAAAAUCGGCGACAACUUAUCCGAACUGGGAAAAUGGUGCGUCUGGCAGAACAUAAUUCUCGGCCAGUUCUUGUCAAUUCUGCUGUGCGCAAUAAACACGUUGGCUCAUUACAUAAACUCUGGCUCUUCUGGGGUGCUACCGACGGGCCAAUCUUUCCCUCAUUACAUGUUCUUGUGCGCCAUUUACACGAGUUGGCUUGCGUUUCGGAGGGGAGAGAAAGGUCUCAUUUCUAUUAUCAAAGCUAGAGGUUGGCGGUAUCUUUUGCUUUGUUUAAUAGAUGUGCAAGCUAACACCUUAAUGAGUACUGCUCACCAGUUCACAACUCUAACAAGUAUACAGCUGCUCGGUUGUGUCGCCAUCCCUGUAGCGUUGGCCUUAAGCUGUCUGGUGCUUGGUGUUCGUUACCGCAUGGUGCAUAUUAUCGCUGUAUCUGUGUGUCUCAUGGGGGUGGGGUGCCUUGUCUGGGCAAACAUCGAAGACACUAAGAUCGACGGUAAAAAUCAAUUAGUUGGAGAUAUGUUGUGUUUGGGUGGGGCUGUUCUUUUUGCAAUUGUGACUGUACUUCAAGAACUGUCUGUAAAAAAUACUGACAUUGUGGAAUACUUAGGACUGUUGGGAUUAUUUGGGAGUAUUCUCAGCGGCGUACAAAUGGUGAUUUUAGAAAAACAAACAUUAAUUACGUCUACAUGGCGAAGCUCAAGUGCACUACUUUCGUCAUUUUCCGCGUGUCAAUUCAUGUUUUGCACUUUUUCCUCGGUGUUUUUAAUAAAUAUGGGAACAACAGCCUUACACUUAUCCUUACUUUCAGGGAAUUUUUAUACACUAAUUGUAGGAAUUCUACUUUUUAAUUAUAAGUUCCAUGCCUUGUACUUUUUAUCUUACACACUAUCAAUGACCGGUGUUUACAUCUACGCCAUCAAGCAAACACCCGCUGCAUUACAAAGUAUGCCUUCUAAUCACACGACGCAACUCAAUAAUUCAACAAGAUCCGAGUGUCAAUUGAGAGAGCAUAUGAUUACCGAUAGCCCGCAGCGUACAACCGAGAUUCUCUCAGCAUUUGGGACGUUAAACAGUAACGACACUUUUCCCUUAAGCCACAGUACAAAUACCACAUUCACGUCUUUUUAUGGCAGUCAUGAUGUCUUGAAUACCCAAACCACCAGUGCAUAAAAACCGAGAUUUAGUACUAUGGCGCUGCUACACACACUUUGUUAAAUUUUAAAACAAAAGACAUCCUUUAUACAUCUGCAGCGACAAGAAAGUAUUCUACAAUACGUUAAAAAGUAACUGUCACAUAACGCAAAAGGACUGUAUUGUUUCAGCGAUAAGUGAUAUUCAGAAGAUGUUUCUCUGGAAUAAUAUGGAGGAGAAUGCCGCCAAUAUUUGAGGUGGGAUUUAGUGACAAAGGUGAAAAUAAAUGUUUAUAAAAAAAUAUGUGGGCACAUUAAUGAUUAAAUGCAUGAUAAAAAUUGGUGUCACUAAAAUACUCUGCAAUUACGCAGACUUCACUCACUGCCGAUCUUCCGCACUCUUUUCACUAAAUCCAACGUUCGUAAACGACUGU